AUGAAAAUCGAUCGAAGGAAAAUCGGUAAUCGAUGCGGAUAUGACCAGAACGAGUGUAUGCUUUUGGCGAAGAGGUUGGGAGAAUGCCCCGAUGGCGAGUUUUUGGAAGAAUUACGUAAAAUAAAGGUUUGGAACUACGGAAAAUGUGAACUUGGACUGUGGGCGGACAUUCUUGACCGCCUGGAUGCCAUCCUUGAAGAUGUGACGACUAAAGUUGGCGCAUGGACGUUGAAAGUUGACGUUCCUGGGAACGAGCAUCUCGUCAAAGACGUGGUUACUGUCCUGGAAUUUACUGGACACCUCAUUGAGCACAGCAUCUAUCGGUGUCUUUAUGGCUCAUGGGAUCAUAUACUUGCGCUUUUCGCGUCUUCCAAUAUGGACAUACUUUUAGCCGUUCUUGGCCUUGCAUACAACUUCAGACUUGCCAGCAAUCUGGCCUCAUUUAGUAGCAAGCGAAGUAAUUACUUUGCGCGCCUCGAUCCAACGAACAAGUCAAUGAUUCUUGACCGACUCGUCUCAAUUGCUGAAUCAUGGGGUGGUUCAGAGAAUAACUUUGACCUCGCAUCUUGUUGUCAACCGGACCACUUACCCCCUACCGCUGGCAAGGUUUGCUUCGAAUAUCAGCCAGAAUCCGUCAGCCCUGAUUUGGAACCAAGUGCCCAUAAAAUCCAGAGAACCUCCAUAACAGGCCCAAUUAUCAUCGAGGAAGACUUUAGAUACUCGAACAUGUCCUCUUCAGAAAUAAUGGAGGAAUUACUCACCAAGCACUCUGUGCCUUCGUCCAAACAGAUGGCUCUGUUUGCUCGAGUCCGUCUUGCUGUGUACUUUUUGGACCAUGAAAAACGCCUCAAGUGCAUCAAGGCUCGCUUACAGGCUUUUUCCACCCUAUGCUACACUUUCGAGUUCGAUGAUCGCCUCCUUUACUUUGGUCUGAUGGAUGAGCUGGUUGAUGUUUUACAACUUCCUGAAGGUGAAUUUAUGGAGAUUAAAGCCUGUGCACUUCGAACCAUGACAGCUGUUUUCAACCUCCAGCGUGUCAACUUAAACCUUCCAUCGGUUUUCGAAUCAAUGGGCAUGUACAGUUUCCAUGGAGCGCUCCCCACCAAAAUACGGCGUUGGAUCCAAGGCCUGGUUGACGGUACUUGUGAUGCGUCCGGAGGCAGUGUCAACCAGCAAUACACAAUUGCGCUGCUGUCUUUCCUCUACCAUAUCGCCUCCUUUGAACAGGCCACGGUCCCUGUAAACGCGGUGACGUUGGGCACGUGCGGCAUUCUCGAUGCGAUGCUGCAGCUGAUCGCCUGGCAUGUGCCACGCAACGACUGUCUGAGCUACGUGACUCGCGCUGUCCGCGUCACCGACCAGAUCCUCACGACCACCUCCAUCACACGGCCGAAUGUGAUCGAGCGACUAGUUGAUCGUCUCGCCUAUGAGGUCGACCUAAUCCUCAACAGCCAAUCCGCGACACCUGACGACGGCGGCGACACCCAACAAUCCUCCACCCCCCUCCUCAACACCCAGCGCUCGGGCCUCAUGAAGUCCAUGCUGAACCUCCUCAAACGCCUCUGCCUCGACAACGACUGGUACGAGGCGAUUCGUCCCGCCAUGAACGGCAACCUUCCCUCGAUUCUGCGUCAAAUAUACAAUAAUUCGGUGUUUCUCUUUUCGCCUCAUCUCGCUCUCUUUGCUAUGGAAACCAUCACCAACUACAUCUAUACGUACCCCUCAAGCAUAUCGUACAUGCAGGAUAGGGGCGUGACCUGCGACAUCCUCACGGCUCUCACAAACCAACCCCUGCCACAGAGUCGCGACUUUCUCGUUCACCUGCCCGCAAUCCUCAUCACCUUGGCGCUCAACACCCGCGGUCGUUCGGCCCUCUGUUUGAGUGGCAUCCUCGACAAAUACCUCUACACCCUCAUCUCGCCCGACUACGUGGCCACAAUGAAGGCCAAGAGGGUGCGCGACUUCCUCUCGCAAAUAACCUACAACCUCUCGUCUAACUCGGGCCAAGUCAUCUCCACCAGCCUCACUGCCAGUCAGAUGAGCAACUCCAUUCAUGACCUCCUGCGUUCGCACAGCGAGCUCCGGCCCUUCGUUUUCAAUUGCAUCAUCAAGUGUAUCACGGAAAUAGUCGAUAUGGGCCAUUCCUGCCAGGCCUCUUUGAUACCCCCGUCACACUCCCCUGAGAGUGCCAUGAGUUGUGCCGGUACGCUGCCCUUGGCUGCCACGUCCUCCGCCUCCUCUUCACUUCCUCGUAUCUCUCACCGACGCAACAUCACUUCAGCGGCAGUAAUCGAUUCCAGCACCGGUCCGGGCUCCACGGGUACACCCCGUGGUCUGGAAGACGAGGAUGACGAGGACGAGGAGCAUUUGAUGUUUUCGGGAAGUGAUGGCGGAGGCAGUGAUGCCGACGGCGACGUUGACGGGGGUGCUCGAGAACAGCCACGACCUCAUCCCCCUGAAAUUGCGUCGACUGCCCCGCUACCCUCCACCAGUCAGGGUUCGGCAGAAUUCGCUGUGGCUGAUAGGCGCCGUGAUUGCGUUUUGUACCUCUCGGAUUACAUUCUAAACGUGUGCAAGUUCUUUGAGCGCUUAAUGCCCUCGAUGGUCCACGUCACCGAUGGCUCGUGCCGCCACUUUCUCAAUAAAAGAGGCGUCCACGUGCUCUGCGAUCUCAUCACCAUGCCAGGACUGCCCUACGACUUCCCCGUGUCUCCCGCCUGUGCAGCCCUCUGCAAGAUCUUCGAACUGUUCGGCAGCUACGCGUGCAUCCAGGACACAGUCAGGCCGAUCCUUGAGACCACUGAAACCUGGAUCAAAAAAACCAAUGCUUUGUGGUCGGAGUAUGCCUCACGCCAAAAACAGACGCCGACGUCCAUCCUUCAAGAAGAGUAUUCAGCGGGUCGCGUGGAGCUGUUGCAUGGGCUGGUGUGCAUCUCAUCGCUCCUCUGUGUGCUUGUGCAAAUUACUAACCACAUUAAACCCGAUUUUCGGGAUGCCUUCAGCGCCGUCUGGGUAGAGCAGGACAUCCUCCAGGAUCUGGGCAAGCUCUACCUCAACGUGCUCUGGGAGGCGACCCUGCUGUUGCACUCAAUUACGGUUGAGGUGGAAGCGGAGGAGGAGGUCUGCCCGACGACGGGCGCCGGUGACACGACGUCUGAGGGCCCCUCGGCAGUGGGUCCCAGCACCAGCAGUGCUUCCCCGGCCAGUGGCAGAGGCUUCAUGCCGCCUUUUGUUGAGACGCUCGGCAUUUACCGCAUUCUGAAGCCUUAUCGUGGGGUUACAUCAGCCGCACAGGUCGGCAAUCUCUUAGGUGAGCUUUCCAGGUCUGAUUUGGCGUCGAUAACCGAUUUUUUCGCCCGCAGUGGGCGUUUUUCCAUCGUGUGUGUGCGUCUGUGUGUGAACUGGUCCUUUUGCGUACGGACGACAACUGGUUGCACUACACCCACGAUCCCCACCUCCCCCCUCCACCAAUUAACUAGUUUUGGCGAAUACGACCUGUCUAUAUUAAAACAUCUCCAUCUUUCCCAUCACGCGCAGAAAGUUGUGCAUCACAUCAUCUACGUGACCUCCUACUUCAUCAACUCGGUCAACGAGUUGUGUACAACCCUGACGCGGUUCUGCGUGUCAGCUCCUCACCAAUCGAGGCGUCUCAUCGUCAACUUCUCGUCCACCUUGCACGACACCGUUCCACUGUCGACGAAGCUAACGAUUCUCUCGCGUGUCGCCUCCGUGGCGAUUGACGCCUUGCUCUGGGAGCCGCCGUCGUUGCAGUUAAUUGAAACUCUGCCCCCAAAACUCCUCCACGCCCUUCGCUACUCAGCUUUCCGGCUCUCCCACAUUCUCUUGUUCGAUGCUUCAACCAAGACUCCCCAGGUUCUCAUGCUGAAGGCCUUCUGCAUGCUUCGUGGACUCGGGUACCUCUUCGGGAUUUGCACAAAAUUCGUCGCCAACGCGUCGAGCGAAAUGUCCGCCGUCGACACAUUUGGAAUCGUCGUUGAGGAGUGGCUAGCCUGCGCAGAUCGCCUAAGCAAUGCGUCGGCCUUGAAAGUGGAAGCCCAACGCCUCCCCGAGGCCGAUUUGGCUGGCUUCGAUGUGGACAAGUACACCGGCUACCUUAAUCGACUGAUGCUGGAGCCAUUGUCGCUUGUCUGUCGUCUCGGAUUGGUGGUUAGUGUGUUUGCUUUUCUACCUAGAUCCAAGCCACGCUUUUUCCCCCUUCGGGCAUUUUAUUCUAACACUAAAGCGACUGGUAUGACAGUGUCCCCUUCUAAUUUCCGUUUUCUUUCCUCCUCCUCCUCCCCCCCCUCCGUCCCGCAGAACCACCUCUCGAAGCGAGGUGUGGACCACCUCUUGAGUCUCAUCAUAAACGUCGCACCAUUCAUUUUCACGGAGGAGAUAGCAUCCAAUCCACCCAGUGCAGCCUCCACGGAAGCCCCCUCGCCUACGAUCCAACUCGUGCCCGAGACACACGCCAAAGCCCUCGAGGCGAUGGGCUUCACGUUGGCUGACUUCCAGGCAGCCUUCGGGGAUGCCAUCCCAGAAAUUGUCUACCUCCUCGUCAUCAAGAGACCUAAUCUGGACAGUUGGGUCCCGAUAUCGGCUGAGAAGACUCAGGAACGCAUUGGGCUGCUGAAGGAACGACUGUUUGACACCUGCUACCAGAUCGCGAAACACUACAAGACCGAUGAGGUGUUACAUCAAAUCAGCGAGCUGAUUCUCUCGAGUAAGCAGGAGGCGCAUUGCAUUGAGUCUUUGGUUGCCUCCGCGACAAUUAGCUGUUGCCAAGGCGCCGCCUCCACGAGUCACCACCAGACGCCACCCGACGCCGAGGUCAGUCUGCAUAUCGUCGCACUCCUCUUCACCCGCUGUCGCUUCCUUUGCGCCCAGGUUGCCCAUCGUCACCGUCUGCCAGCAGUGCUGUGCGACCUCGUCUGUGGCCGACUCUGGAAACCCGUCAGCCAGCAACUCCUCAUGCUCGCCACCCUCAUUCUCGACCAAUACGAGCGCACCGCGGCGGCCAUCAGACUGCGCAAGAAGGCAGUGGAUUUGUACGCUGAUAGUCACAACUGGGCGUGGUUCGAUGAUCGUGCCGUGCUCUGGCACCCUCAGGUGUCCGAGUUCUUCCGUCCGGUGGAUGUAGCCUUCCACAACGGCGCUACACGCGCCCUCUGUGAUGUGGAUCGCCGGCGCUACCAGAUCGACUUUCCCACAAUGACCCAAAUCAACCUUGAAGGCAUGAACCGUCGGCCGAUCAUGCUCAUGCCCAAUUUGCCCUCCUUCAAUUUGACCCCGGAUGAGGUCUGUUGCCACAGCCAAGACCCCUCCGACUACGAACGCAGCAUUCAGGCCGCCACGUGCCCCGAAGGACUCUCCAACGCGAGUCGCAAGGCCCUGUGUCUGGCGAUGCUCGUCCAUAUGGAGUCUGGGGGGAUUUCGCCGGGGUGUGCCAACUCCCUCCUGCGUCUUCUCCUGCGUCUCUCCGCCAGCAGCUUUGACGAUGCUGAGACUCUGAUGCGAGCCGACGCUCUGAGAAUCCUCUUCGACUUUCCGCAUCCUUUGGAGUUUUCACCACAGUACUUUGCCUUCGUUGGCCACAUCCUGCGACAGCUGUUUGACGACUCGGCGACGUUAACUUCGACGUUGAGGCAGAUAAUUGCCAGGUUCACGGAGGGCCAGGUGCCGUUUCUUUACCCUGGUUGCCGCGAUCUCUUCUACAUCCUCACUCUUGCAGUUCCUCUGGUGGCCAAGAACGAGGACAUCACCAUGGAGCUUCUCAAGGAAAUUCUUGUCUUAGUUGUGGAUGAGGAGAGUCUCAAAGAUGGUAUACCGCCGAAGUCCUUCAUUGUCUCGCCUCCACCACCUGAUGAAUCAAAACACUGCGAGGUGACAGAACCGACGGAAAGGCAGAAGGAAAUUAUCGCCUUCCUCAUCCAUCGUGUUGUCCGGUCAGCUCCGCAAGGCGCAGAAUCAGUCCGCGAACCGGAGAGAAUAACCGUGAAGCCCGGAUCCACAUCGGCUGCCGGCGAUGGUUCUUCGUCGAACCGACCAGAGGCCACCGGUGUCUUUGAAGGCUCGUCAGGCCCGCCAGCGCCUCUUGUUCGCCUCUCAAAACUGGACUACCUCCGCUACCUCGUGGACUUGUCAAUGGUCUCCCGAGCCGUGACCGAGUUUAUUUCCAAGUUCACACUAUCCGCGGACGAUGGUGGUGGCACCUUCGUGGCUUACCUCUUCACAAACGAGUUCCGCGAUCCAAACACCACGCACCUAACGGUCCUCCUGCUGGAAACCCUCGUCUUCGCGUCCAGCCCUUCCGUCCAAUCCUUGAUAAUAAGCGAAUUCAAGGCCUCCCUCAAGGCUUUGGUUUGGGCCUCUGACUCGAUCUGUGCGGGUCCUGAUUCCGUUGAAGGCGGUCUUUCCAGAAACCAGCGCAUUAUCGCCUACAUGCGUUUUCUCGACUGCCUCCUCGUCCUUCCCUCUCAAAUCCUCACCCACAUCAUCAAACAGAUCUACAAGCGUCAGAUACCGUGUGAUGUUGCGAAGCUUCUUGCCAUUGUGCACUGCAAUGUAGCCAACACCUCGCAGACCCUAACCGCGUUGGUUAGGGGUCUGGAAUACCUCGCUUGGUUCGAUCGACAAAUUAACAAGAGGUUGGCGCUGGCCGAGCAGUCGAUGCGUGCAUCCACGUCUGUGGCUGAGAACCAUGUUUCUGUGGUUACCACGGUUGCCGAUGCCAUGAUGCACACUGCAACCGAAACUACCCAGCCCAUCGCCUCUUCUCUUGCGCCGACCAUUGUUGGCUUGAGUGAAGCAGCAACCUCCGUUCAUCACCAAACACGUCCGCCUCCGACUCCGGUGAGGCAGCACCUUACAGAGGAAGGCGACACUUGGGCACUAGCUGAGGAUGCCAGCGAGAUAGAAGACACCACUGUCGAAGAUAGCAACGCUCUCCUAAUUUUAGACGACGGCGAAGAUGGCCGAGGUGGCGGCGGCGGUGGAGGAGGCGGGAGUGCGGGCGAGGACGAUACUGACGACGGCCGCCAUGGACGACGUAUUGGUGGCUCUUACGGUGACGAGGAAGAUAGCUAUCAUGACGAAGACGACGACGACGAUAACGAAGAAGACGAUGAUGAGCAAGAUGAAGAUCAAGAGGAAGAUGAGGACGAGGAUGAUGGGGAAGAGGGUGUGGAGGCGGAAGAAGAGGGAAUGAUCGAUGACGCCGAUGAAGACGAGGCGGAGGAAGAAGGCGAUGAGUUUACACGUAGUCUUGCAGAUGACCGCGCCGCAGUUGUGUCUCCUCUGGGCGCUGUUCCUAGUCAAAACGAGAACACCAACUUGAUAGCAACACUUGUGAACGAUGUUUUGAGUAUUUCGCACAAUCCGAGAAACCCAGCUACCAGUGGUGGCGGUGGCCUUGGCCUCAACGUGCCUCAACCACGACGAAGAAUUGAUGGUGAUAUCGUUCUUCAUUUCGCCACUGUUGGUGGCGCUGGACGUGGCGGUCGUCCUCUCGACGAAGCUACCAACUGGGGGUCUAGUAACAUGCUUCCUCCAGACCAUCGAGUUGUUGAUCUUGGUGGUGGCACCAGCGGCUCUGGUGGGCGAUUUGAGCUGCUGGGCAGUUCGAACCCUCACACUUACACCAACGAUGCCCUCAUCACCAGCGUUCACGCGAUGCGGCAACAAAGCCUUACGCUCCCCCCACAACACCCAAUCUUCCAAAUCCCCACCGAUUCUGAGCACACAACAACUACAACUUUGCGUUCGGUUGGUGGUGGUGGUGGCGGUGGGAUCGGAGGAGCUCCCGCCAAUCGAACCGGGCGCUUCUUCAGCACCGUAAACAAUGAAAGUGGAGCGCGUGGGGGUGGGCUCUCGGCGAGUCGUGAUUCCAUUUCGUCCGCCAUCCUAACCCUUUUCCCUCCUUCUAAUCGAACCAACACCAGCGUGAGUGCGUCGGGAGGUUUUAUGCGCAUCGGGUCCCAACCCUCCACGCCGAUUCUUGUCCGAACGAAUCUCUCUUCUGGACCGCAGCCGGCCUUCCUGUCGGCGGCGCAAUCUGCCCUCAUUGGCAGUCCACCUCCGCUGCACUACAACGCCUUCGGUUACGAUGGUUCAGCCUUCCUGAGGUCGUCCAGGCGCCGAGCACCCGUCCCGGUUGUCUCCACUCAGCAGUCCAGCCAGGUUAUUGAGCAGUCGGAGCUGGAGGCAGACACGAUGGUCUGGGACAUGCUCACAAGCCUCUCAGAAUUCCAGGGCGCUGCCAUCACUGAAGCCUUCACCAAUGUGCCGAAUGCAAUAAGGGAGAGCCCCUCGCCAAGCGGUCUAUUUACGACGCUAAACAAUUUUCGCAGGCUGAUUGAUCUAGCGCGUAUGCUGCAUGGUCAGGAGAUCGCAGAUAUGCUGUUAAUUACCAGACACUUGGUCGGUGCUAAUGUAGUUCGACGUAGAAAUGAGGACUUUAUGAUGCGUCUCAGCGAGUACCAUCGCCGGCGUCAGCAGGAGGAAAUGGAGGCAAGAGAGCUGGCGAAGAAGGAGGCCGAGAUGGCGAGAAAUGCAGAGGGCCUUGUUCCAAUGACCCUAGGUGACUCAGGCCAAAAUCUCGACGCCCAGCCCAGGCGCCACCCUGGUUCAACGCUGACAAUUCGUUUAACCGAAUCCGAUGAAUCUCAUGACGGAGCGGCCGAACCAACUCCGGUGUUCCCUACCCUCAUGAGUUCGCCAAAUUCACCGCCGUCAUCGACAGAGCAAGAACACCCGGCGGAACCCGCGCCUAGUUCGGCUGAAGCUCCGUCAGCAGCGCCCCAACCAGCUCCUCCGAUCCGUGUGCCUGUCACAGAUGAGGAGACAGUCGCGUCAAUGAUCGCUGAGGGCAUGGACCCCUCCUUCCUCGAUGCCUUGCCCGAAGAAAUGCGUCGUGAAUUGAUGACUGAGCACCAGAGGACGCUGCAGUUGCGUUCUCAACUCUCGUCGCUCCAAGCGUCUGUCGCUGAACACGUUAAUGCUGAAUUCCUGGCUAGCCUUCCUCCAAACAUUCAGGAAGAGGUACUAGCUCAAGUUCGCCUAGAGGCAGCUGCGGAAAAUCCCUCAUCGUCAGAAAUCGGUGCAUCGACGAGUCACGCUGGCGACGCCACUGGUGCAACCGCACAGGGCUCCGGUACUCCAGCGGACAAUGCAGCCUUUCUGACGUCACUUCCACCCUCGCUGAGGCGAGAGGUCCUCGCUGACAUGGAGGACUCCCAAAUCGAUCUGCUCUCCCCAGAUCUCCAGGCUGAGGCACGCAGUUUGCGCAGGGAAAACCCACAACUCCAAAACGUCCACCAUCACCACCAUCAACAGCAUCAGGAGUUCACACGAGCUGUACCCGGUCGUAUAUUGCCAGCGUUUUUCCGUUCUCGUUUCGACGCUGGCAACAGUCGUUGGGACUCGUACUUUAGCCGCGUAUUUAAUGCACCUCCCUCUUCAACAUCUGGCGGCAACUUGUUCGGCAAUUUGAGUCCAGCGGCGCUGUCCAACUUCCAGGCCUUUUUCACCUCCCUUGGCUUUCGUAAUCGUCCCCUCCUUGACCACGAAGGUCUCGCGUACAUCAUCACUGUCAUUAUCACCUCUUCUGCCUCCCCACCCCUCCGAAACCAGAUCAUUCCUGUUCUCAAGAGGGUGCUUCGAAAUCUGUGCUUCUACUAUCCAACUCGGAUUUGGAUAAUCUCCACCAUCAUUUCCCUACUCAAAAAUCUCUCGGAAGCCCCUCUGCCACCAUCUGCGUCUUCUAGUGUCGCGUCCACUGGGCCCGCCAACGCCAAUUCCAUUUUCGGCGCAGGCUUUGAGGCGGCGUUGGGCUCCUGGGUGAGGAUUUUCCAUCCCCGCGGCAACGGUGGUUUCGUGAUCCACCCCCAGGCCGCGAACAUGGUCUGUCUGGCGUUGCUCGAUGUCAUGGCGGAUCUGACGCGCGCUUCUUCAGCCCAGUUCUUCCCCAGCCUCCAGGCCUCCACCUCGGGUAGCACAGAAGGCUCUGAGUUGGAAACGGACUUUUGGGAGAUUGUGAACCGGUUGAAUCGAGGCGGCGGUGGUGGUGGAACCACUAGUCCGCGGAAGUCGCUUUCCCGCGGCGGUUCUUCGAGCCCAGCGCGAUCUCGUGCCUCCGCCAAACACUCACAGAAAUUCGCCGUUGAAGAUAACGCCAUGGACGAUCCGACUUGCACUUAUCGUGCCCGAAACCGCGCAGUAUCCACAGCACCAACGACGCCUGCUAACGAGGCCGGCCCCACUCACACCAUCGACUACUUCUCCCACCUGAUUGGUCUGUUGUGUCACCCGGUUGUGGCCUCGAGGCCACUUUUGCAGGAGAGACUCCUGUGCAUUCUCGUCUGCGUGGUGCAGGACUACUUCGAGACCCAUCAUCCUCAACACAUGAUCCCGCAGAGGUCCCAUACGGACGGUCUGCCUGCUUCCAGACUAACUGCAAUCACCGCGGACCCGGUCAUUCCACCCUCCGGUUCUGGCGGGGAAGGCGCCACUGAGGAGACGCCUUCUCUUGUCCCUUCGUCAUCAACUUCUAGCAGCCAACCAGACCUCAUUUUGCCACUCGACCCCGCGGUUACCGAGUGUCUGUGCGAUUUGGUGGUUUCCCGCAAGUCCACAGAUCAGGCACGCGGUUUCGCCACUUGGCUGGUCAUCCUCAUGUCGCGUUCAAACACCUCCACGAAGGACCGUAUUUCCCGUCUCCUCUCCAACGCAGCAUCGGAGUUGGCGCAAACCAUCUCUGCGCAGUUGUUAGCCGUCAUGGAGGAGGUGCGUAAUUUGCCUCCGUUGGUGCGUCGUCCCUCCGUGUGCGCUGCCUCCCACCUCCACCACUCCUCGUCAAUGACGCGUCUUCCAGACCGGUUCGGUGAAGUGGGUUCAAGUGUGUUUAUUGGGCAGAGCGCCUCCAGCUCCCUUGUCCCGCCUCCAACGGAUGGUGACGGUGAACUCGAGUUGAUGACGCUGCAGCCCUUCGCAACCUCACGCAGUGAACAGUCGCGUCUUUGUCGCAUUCUGCGGUUAAUGCUCCACCUUACCGUCUCUCCUGAAGCAGCUAUGCAGUCCAUCCAGGGCCUAUCGGUCCUUUGGGGACGACUGAGUGAGACUAUGCAGUGCCUUCAAGAUAGUGGCGACCUCAACGGUGUCCAACUCCUCCAACCGUCGGUCGAGUCCCUGUGCCUCACACAUGCGACAAAUUCACCCACAGCCAUAGUUGUCCGCCAGCCACCACCUGCUCUUCGGAGGUUAGCCAGGAUGCCUGUCGGCCCAGGAAUGAACUCUCUGUCCUCCCUCAUACACGACUUGAUGCUCUCUGAGGAUUCGGCCGUGGACUUGUUUAGUGCGAUUGCUGGGCCCCCGGCCAAUUUGGCUGCGUCGGCCGACCAUCUGGCUCCCCUGUCGCCCGACCCUCCCAUUGACCUCACUCGGCCCAUGUCACCUCCCGUGUCUGCCCAGGAGGCAAGCGAGAAGCCGCCAAACGAGACCUCAUUCAUCAGCCCAAUAUCCUGGUUCGCGGAGAAGCACAGGAUCGGCCUGAAUCACAUUCUGCGCAACUACAGUGGCAACCUAAGCGAGUCUGCGUUCACGGUGUUUUUGACGCACCCGAAGGCGCUCGAUUUUGACGUCAAACGUCGCUUCUUCCGACAACGCUUCCAGUCGAUAAACGCGCGCAACGGGGUGUCGAGACACGAUGACGAGCCGGUUGUGGUGUCGCGCGAGAGGAUAUUCGAGGACAGCUACUCCCGUCUGCAUCGGAAGUCGCCGGCAGAGUGGAAACGCAAAUUUGUCAUUCGAUUCCAAAAUGAAGAAGGUCAGGAUGCUGGCGGUUUGCUUCGAGAGUGGUACCUCCUCAUGAGUCGGGAAAUAUUCAACCCGAACUACUGUCUGUUUCGUGUGUCUCCGUCGGACCGCGUCACGUACACCAUCAACCCCGCCUCCUUCAUCAACAGCAACCACUUGAGCUACUUCAAAUUCGUCGGUCGGUUCAUCGCCAAGGCCAUCUACGACAGCAAACUCCUCGAGUGCUACUUCACGCGCUCAUUCUACAAGCACAUCCUCGGUAAACGCGUCCGGUUCACCGACCUAGAAAGUGAGGACUACGACUUCUUCAAGGGUCUCGAAUACCUUCUACAACACGACGUCUCCGAACUGGGAUAUGAGAUCACGUUUAGUACUGAGAUAAACGAGUUUGGCAAGAAUGAAACACGCGAUCUUAUUGAGAACGGCCGCAACAUCGUAGUGACGGAGGCGAACAAGCACGAGUACGUGCGAUUGGUGUGUCAAGAACGCAUGACGGGCGCAAUCAGGCAGCAGCUGAACUCCUUCCUAGAGGGCUUCUACGAGAUCAUCCCCAAGAACAUGAUCACGAUUUUCAACGAGCAAGAGCUCGAAUUGCUCAUCUCGGGCCUGCCCAGCAUUGAUAUCGACGAUUUGCGAGCAAACACCACCUACUCCAAGUACCAACCGACGUCGCCGCAGGUCGAGUGGUUCUGGCAGGCGCUGGAGUCGUUCGACCAGGAGGAUAGGGCUCGAUUCUUGCAGUUCCUCACUGGGACCAGCAGGGUUCCCCUCGGGGGGUUCGCUAAUCUCGAGGGAAUGCACGGACCCACUAAGUUCCAAAUCAGCCGGGCUGCUGUCUCCAGCACAAAUCACUUGCCAUCGGCGCACACCUGUUUCAAUACGCUGGAACUACCUCCUUACGAGUCCUACGAGCAGCUGCGGCAGCGACUGUUGACAGCAAUUAGGGAGUGUUGUGAAGGCUACGGAAUGGCCUGA